GUCUAGCACGAAUGACGUAGCUAUAGAUACAGUAUCGAAGUAUUAGAAACAAGGAGCACUAGUUUAUUCCGUGUACGUUGAUUAAACUGUCCUCUGUUACUCAUCAUCCAUCAUCGUCAUCGCUGUUGGAUUACGAAUACGCACAAUUAAUUCGCAGUGAAUCACGAAUUUUUUAACGCUGAUAUAUAUUCAUUGACAUUUCGUAGGGUCAAAAGAGGAUCGUUGCUGAGAGAUAAAGCUGGAAGGCGUCGAUCGAUAAGAAGUAGACACCGGCUAAGGAUGGUCGUUAAAAUCUACGUAUCGGGUAUCAGCGGGAAUAAGGAAGUGAAGAAAAGACAGCAGCGAGUUUUGAUGAUAUUAGACAGUAAAAAUGUAGAAUAUGAAACUAUUGAUAUAACCGAACCAGGAAAAGAAUUGGAUAAAGAGUUUAUGCAAGGCAAUAGCGUCGGAAAAGAUAGUAAAUAUCCUUUACCGCCUCAGAUAUUUAACGAAGAUGAAUACUGUGGGGAUUAUGAAGACUUUGACAUGGCUAACGAAUUAGACGAAUUAGAGAAAUUUCUUAAGAUGACACCUCCAGUUAGUCCAGAAGAUAUUUCUCAAGAUUCGAAAGCACAAAAUAACGAUAUUCAAGAAAAUGGGAAUACUUCCAGUCGAGAGCCAUCCACAGACAAAGACGCAGCUAUAGUAAAAUCAGAAAGCGCAGAAGAUAGAACAAAUUUGCCAAAUGACAAUGAUCCAUUAGAUGAAUCCAAAGCGACGGAGCUCGAUGGUGGAACGAAAGAGAAUGAAGAAGACGUCGAACAAAUGGAAGAACCCGGUGAUAAAAAUGAAGAGAAAUCUGAUGAUCAAGAAAAAGAAGAAUAGAGAAUUAUGACUAUCAUUUUUUUAAGGCUGAAUGAAUAUACUGCCACUACUACUUUUCUGAACAACAGGAUUAUAUAUUGAAUGAAGGAUUAUAUUUAAUUGUAUAGAUCAUUCGUAUACAAUACUUUUGUAGAGCUAUGUCGAAUUCAAAUCAAAUUUAUGUCAAUUUUAUUUUCUUAUUAGAUCCGAUAAGACAAAAUGAGAUUUAUAAUAGUUUAUAGAAAUUUGUAAGUUUUUCGGAUCGUUUACAUUAUAUCUCUCCAUUGUUUCUCAUUACAGUUUUUCAUAUUGAAAGAUAUCAAGCAUAUCUUUUGUCCAUUAAUAUCAUUAUAACUAAACAAAUAUUAGAUCGGAGUUAGAAGUAUUUGAAUCCUUUCUUUACGGCAUGCUUUGGCGCGAGUAUCAUUCUACAUAAAUUCGCUCAUACAUAUGAGGCCUUUGCAUGAACGACCCAUAUAUGAGUCGAUAGUAACGAAAGGAAUAAUGCUGAGAUUAUUAGAAGUUUAUAAUGAAAAACUUAGAAAAGAAUAUAUAUAAUAUCUCUCUAAAUAUAUAAAUAUAUAUAUACUAAAUUAUAUCCUUUUUAAAAGAACAGUAUUAUUCAGCCUCUUACAAAUUUUUUAUUCGCGCAUAUUAGCUUAAAAAUUGCAAGUAUUUUAUUCUGAAGAUCAGUCAGAAAUAAUAUUAUUUCUUAUUCUUAUUAAUUUGUUUCUAUACUCUUGUAUAGAAUUUUUUGCUACGAAAUUGUAUUAUUGUUUAAAAAAAAUACGUAAAUAGUUUACGUAGUUUUACGAUGACAACGUUCAAGUCUCAAAUAAUGAAUUAUUGUAUAAAAAUGAAAGAGAGAUGAAAGAUUAGAGUACUAAGAGAUUAAUUUGAAUAUAAUCGAUCAAAUUGUAAUAUGUUCUCAUGUAAAUGUAUAUUUAUUGUUUAAAAGGAAAUAUUGAAGAAAUAACGAACUUCCUUUACAAUAAAGCAUUUUACUAAUAUCUCAUAAACUUUAGUAAUAAGUAAAAGACAAGUGACCUCUAAUCAACAUCAGUGUAUAUACUGAUAAAGUAUUGUUGAUAAGGAACUAAAUAUCUCACAUAUUUCAAAAAUUACAUUUUUAAAUUAUUGAAACCUAUUUUGGUUCGCUUAUUAAAUAAUAAAGGAAUUUAACAAAUCAAAUGUUUAAUCGUGCAAUCGACAAAUUUCUAUGCAUACAUCGUAUUGGCAAUAAUUACUAAUGCUGUUACUGAUA